UUUUUUAUCGACAUUGAACAGGUGCUAACCCGGGAUUCAAUUCCCGUCGGAGUUCCCAAAGCUCUAUUGAUUGCGCGAACGAAGAGCAGAAAACAGCGGCGGAGAAGAAUCAAGCGGGGGGUUCGAUCUGGAAACUACGUAUCCUCAAGUCCAAUGCUUUCUCUUACUAUUCCUCUUCCUCUCGCUCUCCCUCUCCCUCUUCCUUACAGUCCGCCUCUCUGAGAUCUCCGAAAGUUUCUCCUCUCCUACCUCUCUAUUUCAGAUUGGGAUGGCCACAGCGACUGGGCUCGUGUUCCCGCCGGCCCCGUUCAUCCGGCGGGUACGUAUGGCUCAUUUCAACUUGUUUUCCAGUUCCUUCUGCACGGAGAGGAAUGUGCAGCGGCGGGCCGACCUCCGGUGCUGCGCUGUCGUCGGCGGGGGUGUAGAUGACCACAUCGUCGGAGCUGCAUCUUCGUCGAAGCCUCGGAUACCUAGGGUUGUUGGCAUGGGCUCUAGACUUGUUGGAUCUGGUUCAGCAGUGCCGAAGUAUAUGAUUUCUAAUGAUGAUCUUGCACAAAUUAUUGAAACUUCUGAUGAGUGGAUUUCUGUUCGCACAGGGAUCCGUAACCGACGUGUUCUUAGUGGAGAUGAAACUUUAAAUGAAUUGGCCCUGGAAGCAGCAAACGGAGCUCUUCAGAUGGCUGGUGUUGUGCCGCAUGAUGUUGAUCUCAUCAUAAUGUGCACAUCAACUCCAGAUGAUCUCUUUGGAGGUGGUGGUCAGAUUCAGAGUGAUUUAGGUUGCAGAAAUGCUUGGGCAUUUGAUAUUACGGCUGCUUGCAGUGGUUUUGUUGUUGGACUAAUCACUGCCACUCGUUUUAUUAAAGGUGGUGGUUACAAGAAUAUUCUUGUAAUUGGAGCAGAUGCUCUUUCACGAUAUGUGGACUGGAAGGAUAGAGGCACCUGCAUUCUUUUUGGAGAUGCUGCUGGUGCGGUGCUUGUGCAAGCCUGCAGUGCGGAUGAAGAUGGAUUACUCGGGUUUGAUUUGCACAGUGAUGGCCACGGUCAAAGACACUUAAACGCCCCAACCAAGGACAGUGAAACAGACACCAUCUUAAACACAAAUGGUGCGGCGGUAUUUCCCCCAAGAAAAGCAACCUAUUCGUGCAUACAAAUGAAUGGCAAAGAGGUUUUCCGCUUUGCUGUCCGCUGUGUGCCUCAGUCCAUUGAGUUUGCGCUUGAGGAAGCUGGCCUCACUUUUGCUAGCAUUGAUUGGCUCCUACUUCAUCAGGUGUUCAUAGCUGCUAACCUCAAUUCACUUGUCUAG